AUGCUGGAAAUUCUGUUGUUUCUCUGCGUGAUCAUACAACGGUCCCACAUUAAUGCAGAGAUCACGCAUGUAGUGUCUCAUCUCGCCGAGACAGCGCUUAGGCAGGACACAAAUUUCCAGCUGUUAUCCCAAGAUAUAAUUGCCAAGAAGUUUCCAAUACUAGAUUCGUCCUGUGUGAGGCGUGCCCUAUCAGACUUUUUACCUCAGUGUCUUCAGUAUGGGUUCGAAACGGUGCCAAGUGAUGUACGAACUCAGGCAGCAGUAAAACUGUCAAUAUGUGAACUGCAGGCAUCUGGUGUAGACAAUAUGCCGCCUGAAUGUGUUGGUGCGGUUCACUUUGGCGCUUGUCUUCGAGCUAUGGAGCGAACCCCGCAAUGGUGGACGACGUACAGUGGUAAUUAUCAGCAUCUGCCGUCAACAUGCUUUGAGAAUGCCCUCCCAUAUGAGAAAGAGCAACUAUUAAGCUUGUUCCUAAAUAUAACCGAUGUUUAUUCUAAUUUCCAGGACGAUCUGGUUGUGGACCUGGAAAAGUACCGCGCCAACUUCGAGGCAACUGUGGAGGCAAGCUUAAGACUCAUGAAAGCAAGUCUCAUGGAGGGAACCCAUGAGAUAGUAAACCAGUUGAAGGAUGAUCUAAAUUAUGUGAAUUCAAAAUUGGCAGAUAUGGGUGAAACUAUUACUGAACACACGGAUAAUGUCCGUACUGUAUUCAAUGACAUUUCAGAUGAACUUAACGACUACGACAUGGCAGGACAGAUAGCGCAUUUGAAGGAGGAUACAAUGUCACUCUGGCAAAAAAUAAACAGUGACAUGGGAACAUAUCACGAUGUGCAAAUGUCCUCAUUGUAUAAUAUCAAUGCGGUGUUUGAUACGUUCUACAAUAGAGCCACCGAAUCAGUACAGCAGGUGAGAACUUCUGUGAUAGAAUCACAACUAGAAACGCUGGACCUUAUUGCGGACUUUAAUUCGCUAGUACGAAAAUCCAUUCUUCCUGUACUUGCUGAUGAGCUUCAACCACAACUACAAGAAAUGUCCGUGUCAAUUUCUAGAAGUUUAGUAGGUUUGAGCGCAAGCUAUAAUGAACAUUUACAGGCAUGGAGUAAUAGAGUUAACGAGACACUCAGCGAAAUGGAAUCGCAUCUGAAUAACACAAUGAGCCAGGUAGAGCACAUGAAUGAUUCCAUUGAAACUCUCGAAAACAAAGUUUUUGUUCUAGUCUCACUAGGAAAUGCGCUUACUACAUACGUUAAAUGGAUAUACACGUUCAGUCGUGCAUUAAUAUCAGGAUAUGGAAUAGUUACAUUGAUAAUGUCAAUGUUGGUGGUCAGAUAUUCAAUAAAACUAAAUUCGAGUUGGAUAAAGGUCCUUGGAAGAUCUACAUUUAUACUAGUAGCAGUUGUUCUUGGUGCCAGAACAGGCUCAAUGCUCUCAUAUUAA